CACAACGCACUCACUCUUAAACGCCACAACUCACGAGUUCACAACAGAGCAAGCGACUUUCUCUCUUUAAAAUUCUCUCUCUUCCCAAACAGAGCAACCAAUUAUCUCUCUUGCUUUCUGGGAUUUUCUUGCAUUUUCUCGGGUGAUUCGAUUUUCGGGUUGAUCGAGAAAAUGACUGUGGAGGAGACCCAGGUUGCGGAAGUUGUGGUUGUUCCUCGGGAGGAGGCUGAGAAGGUUGUUUGUGAGAAUGAGAAGGUUGGUGAGGGAGAUGAUAAGGUGAAGGAAGUGGAGGCGGCGGAAUCGAAGCCGAAAACGGUUGAGAAGAGUUCUUCUUAUAAGGAAGAGAGCAACUAUCUCUCUGAUUUGAAAGAGUUCGAGAAGAAGGCGUUGAGCGAGCUGAAAUCAAAGCUGGAGGAGGCCAUUUUGGGCAACAAUAUCUUCAAGAAGGAGGAGCCAAAGAAGGAAGAAAAAAAAGUAGCAGAGGAGGUAGUAAAAACGGAGGAGGUAGAAAAAACAGAGGAGGAAGUGAAAACACAGGAGGAGGAGGAGGAGGAGAAGGAAGAGAAACCACAGGAGGUAUUUGAUAAAAAGGCGGAGGAAGUAGCUGGAGAGAAUGAGAAGGAAGCGGAAGAAGGCGAGGAGGUGAAGAAAUCGGAAGAUGGCUGUGAAGUAGUAGACAAGGAUAUCUCUCUUUGGGGAGUGCCACUUUUUCCCGGUAAGGGUUUCGAGGGCACUGAUGUUGUUCUCUUGAAGUUCUUAAGGGCUAGGGAGUUCAAGGUCAAUGAGGCUUUCGAGAUGCUGAAGAAAACCCUUCAAUGGCGGAAGGAGUCCAAGAUCGAUUCGAUUUUGGACGAGGAUGUCUGUGCCGAUCUGAGCUCUGCCGCUUACUUGAACGGCGUUGAUCGCGAAGGCCACCCCGUUUGCUACAACAUUUUCGGGGUAUUCGACAACGAGGAGCUUUAUCAGAAGACUUUUGGAAAUGAGGAGAAGAGAGGGCAGUUCCUGAGGUGGAGGCUCCAGCUGAUGGAGAAGAGCGUACAGAAGCUUGAUCUGAGGCCUGGUGGUGUCACUUCUCUGCUUCAGAUCAACGACCUCAAGAACUCUCCGGGGCCGGUGAAGAAGGAGCUCCGGAUUGCCACAAAGCAAGCAGUUGGGCUUCUGCAGGACAACUACCCUGAGUUGGUUGCCAAAAAUAUCUUCAUAAAUGUUCCUUUCUGGUAUUAUGCACUUAAUGCAUUGCUAUCUCCUUUCUUGACUCAAAGAACCAAGAGCAAGUUCGUCGUUGCUCGCCCCACGAAGGUCACUGAAACCCUUCUCAAGUACAUUCCAGCUCAGGAGAUACCUGCUCAGUAUGGCGGUUUCAAGAGGGACAACGACAACGAGUUCUCUGCCGAAGAUGGCGCUGUUUCAGAACUUAUUCUUACGGCUGGAUCCACUGGAACCAUACAAAUUGAUGCAGCAGAGCAGGUUGGUAGCACAAUACUGUGGGACUUGACUGUUUUGGGAUGGGAAGUGAAUUACAAGGAGGAGUUUGUUCCAAUUGAUGAGGGGUCGUACACCAUUAUUGUUCAGAAGAAGAAGAAAAUGGGGUCUAACGAAGGCCCAAUUCGCAACACUUUCCGAAGCAACGAACCCGGGAAGGUUGUCCUGACAAUCGAGAACAAAUCGAGCAAGAAGAAGAGGGUUCUGUACCGGUACAAGGCCAAGAAGUGCUCCACCUUCUGAGAGAAAGAGUUGAACCGCAAAAGGUUGCAAUUCAAGUAAAUUGUUUGUUUGAGAGAGCAUUGUACAUAAAAUAGAGCUUAUUCUUUUGGAGGAUCACUGUGAUUCUGUAAUGUGAUAAAUGUUUUGAUGUGUAUGUUUUGAUUUGUGAGUUUCCAAUUUGGUGAAAUAUGUAUUAGCAAUUAUUCAUUUUGAAGAAAAUUUGUCCAGAUUGAA